ACUCACAUAAAAGCAUAAAGCAAAGCAUCUUCUGCCCUCUAAAUUUUACUUGUCAAUAGUGAGUGCUACACCUUUCUUUCUUCCCAUCCGGAAUCACCCCUAUUUUAUUUUAUUUUUUUCUUUCUUCAUUUGGAUGAAGCAAUGAACUUUUUGGACUUUGGGGUGAAGCAAUCUCAAUAUUGUUAUUGGAACUGAGGGCUAUCAUUGAAAAGGGUAGUCCAAUGCAUGAUUCUCCCACCAUUGUGCAUAGUGUUUCAAGAAACACAUCAAGAAGAAACAUAAAAUUCUAAAGCUAGCACACAUAACUCAUGAGUUUCUUCACAGAGUCCUCUAGCCAUACAUGGCAACCAACCAUAACUUCAGACUCUACUACCCUAAGUUAUUGGUUGAAUUGGAGGUUCUUCUUCUGUGCACUAUGGAUUUUAGCCUCCAUGGCUCUAGCAUCUUUUUUAAUAUUCAAAUAUGAAGGAUUCAACAAAUCAAGAUCGAAUAGUGGAGAAAAUCAGGGGGAGGAAGAAGCUGGAUUGCUAUAUGAGGAUGAAGCAUGGAACACCUGUCUUAAAGGAAUUGAUCCUUCAUGGCUCCUUAUUUAUAGAAUAAUUUGUUUUGUUGUGCUUUUGGCUUUGAUCAUUGCAAGUGUGGCUGCAGAUGGAGCAGGCAUAUUUUACUUCUAUACUCAAUGGACCUUUACAUUGGUCACUAUUUACUUUGGGUUUGGAUCAUAUUUCUCUUUAUAUGGAUGUUCCCUAAAACAAAAUAAAUAUGGGAGCAGCACGGUCAAUGGCACUUCUUUAGAUCCAGAACUAGGCACUUAUAUAGUUGAUGCUCGGAAAACAGCUGGUUUAUGGGGUUACAUUUUUCAAAUAAUUUUUCAGACUUGUGCAGGUGCUGUAGUGCUAACUGACUCUGUGUUCUGGUUCAUCCUUUAUCCAUUUCUGAUGUCCAAAGAUUACAGUGUCGAUUUUUUGAUUUUUUGUAUGCACUCAAUUAAUGCUCUUUUCCUCCUCGGUGACACAUCAUUGAAUUGCAUGAGAUUUCCAAUGUUUCGAUUUGCAUAUUUUGUCUUGUGGACGUCUACUUUUGUCAUUUUUCAGUGGAUCAUCCAUGUUUGUGUUUCACUUUGGUGGCCUUAUCCUUUCCUUGAUUUAUCAUCCUCGUAUGCACCCUUAUGGUACUUGGCUGUGGCUUUGAUGCACUUUCCAUGCUACGGCGUCUUUGCUUUAAUAGUAAGGAUGAAACACUUGUGGUUAUCAAAAUCGUUUCCUGGUUCUUCCCGUUUUGUACGGUGACAACACUUUCCACCAAAAUCCACCUUUUACUUAACUUAGCAAAAAGUGAUUUUGAAGAUCAGAAUUAGAUAACUCCAGUUGUUAUGUAAAUUCAUCCCUUCCCCACUUAAAACAUAUUAUGUGCAUGUUUGAUUUGAAUUCUGUACCAUGUCAAAUUAGAAGCAGCUUUAUAUAGCUUCUCUUGUCUCAGUUUUUUUUUCAUGUCAAAUUGGAAUUUUAUGUAAAAGCUACUACUAUUCGUUGCUUCAAGAUUGACAUGAAUUUUAUAAACUAAUGCCAAACCAAACAAGCCUUUCGUCUUU